GAUCCAUCAGUCGCGUGAUUCUCACCACUGAAGGCUAAUGGGAAGGAGCAAGUAAAAUCUAAAUCUCCCUUGCAGAAGCAACAGCAAUUUUUUCUGCUCCUUAUCUUCUACCACCACCCAGACCUCCCAUGGCUUCUCCCAGGCUAGAGACCUACUGCUGUCCCAACCGGGAUGCAGCCACGCAACUGGUGCUGACUUUCCAGCCUGAGGUUUUCUGUGGUGUUUGCAUUGGCAGUGCCUCAGUCAGUCUGUUGCUCAGCAUCCUGCAGCUCCUUCCCAAGCAGGGACAGAGUUCCCGGAAGAUGCAAAAAGCUUCCUCUUCCACCACCAUUCUUCUCCUCAUCUCCAUUUGUGACAUCCUUGGUGACCUAGGUAUAAUCUUCAGAUCAACAAUAUGGAUAGGCUUCCCUGACUUCAUAGCAAACAUCUCUGUGGUGAAUGGAACUGAUGUGCUGCCUUCUGCCUUCUGUGUGGGAAGUGCCAUGUGGAUCCAGCUCUUGUACAGUGCUGGCUUCUGGUGGCUGUUUUGCUAUGCUGUAGAUUCCUACUUGGUGGUUAGAAGAUCAGCCGGGCUAAGUACAAUUGUGUUGUACCACAUGAUGACAUGGGGCCUGGCAAUCCUGCUGUGUGUGGAAGGAAUUGCCAUGCUUUACUACCCUUCCAUUGCUAGUUGUGAAAAUGGCCUGCAGCAUGCAAUUCCUCAUUACAUCACUACCUAUGCUCCACUUCUGAUAGUUUUGGUGGCCAAUCCAAUUCUCUUUAGGAGGACGGUAACAGGAGUUGCCUCAUUGCUCAAAGGAAGACAAGGAAUCUACACGGAGAAUGAAAGACGCCUGGGGACGGAGAUUCAGAUCCGCUUUUUCAAAAUUAUGCUGGUGUUCAUUAUAUGCUGGUCAUCGAACAUCAUCAAUGAAAGCCUGUUGUUCUACCUUGAAAUGCAGCCAGAUAUCAAUGGAAACCCCCUGAAAAAUGUUAGAAAUGCUGCACUGAUCACAUGGAUUAUAAUGGGAGUUCUGAAUCCAAUGCAAGGCUUUCUCUUCACACUCGCUUUUUAUGGUUGGACUGGGUGGAAACUGAACUUGAAGUGGCAAAAGAGAGAAAUACCGUGGGAAUCAAUGUCCACAUCAGCUGUUGCUGACAAUGACUACCCUUCUGCCGUUGGAUCCUCUGUGAACUACAAAAGCAACAUCCACAACUCAAAGAAGACAACAAUAGCCAGCAGCCAGCAGACCGAUGAAGCCUUAAGCAUGCUGUCUGAAGGUAACACUACCAGUGAUGACAGGUUAUCCAGAAACUCUCCUAUCUAUCAGGGCUGGUAGUUUGCAUAGCAUAAAGCUGAAUGUUACCUCUCCCAUUGCCACAACCAUUAAUUAACGACUGCACAGAGUGAAUCACUAUUUGCUCCAGGGCUUGGUUGGGGCCUUGU